AUGACUUCUCCGAAUCUUUCGAAUCCGGACUCACUCGAGGUCCUAACGGCCACGUUGAACCAAGCGCUGGUUGAAACUGGUCGGUUUUUCAAGUCAGAUGGGUCCCUGCAGUCUCGGGCUCAGAUGAAGCGAAACCUUCCUGUUGCACAUGAGAAGUUCCAGUCUGCGUUAGACCACCUAUCAGAGCAAAUAUUUGUUGCCAAGGCGUUUUUGGAAAGAGACUAUGAAUAUGUGAAGGCACGGAAAGCUGCCCUUCGCAAGCGUCCUACAGAGGAUACUGCUAAGGGGGAGCCGGACGUGACGACUGGUGGCCCUCAGACUGUGCCUGUCCCGGAGGAAACAGGUGCCGAGGCUGUUCCCAGCGAAGGCGAACCUAAAACAGCCGAUAACGCAGUCAAAUCAGAACAACAAACAGAUUUGAAUCAGGAACAGCAGACAACAACCAAUGAACCCAUAAAAGAGGAGCCAAAGGAGACCGACGCGGACCAGUCUCUUGCUACUCAGGAUGCGACGGGGGCGGAGGAACUCAAUUUCGACUCGCUGCUAAAUAAUCAAGGGUCAAAUGAGUUUGACCUCAAUCUCGAAUUUGGAGAGGAUGGAAACGCAGGGAACGAAAGCUUCUUCAAUGCGACCUUUGGCAAUCAAGACACUGGGUCUGGCCUGGAUGCCGGGAAUACUAAUACAGAGUCCGGACACGACAACAAUGCGUUGCCGACAGGGGGUGAUGCAUUUGAUCUCGAGCUAGAGAAGUUCUCCGGCCAGCCUGGUGAUGCAAACGGACAAUUUGACGGUAACACAGAAGACAUAAUGGGGCCAGGGGAGUCUAGUUUCGAUGACCUGUUUAUGGAGAGCGAAAAUUUGGGGGACAAUGCAAAUGAGAACCAAGAUUUGUUACCGGGCGAUGGGUUGAUGCAGCUUGAUGAACUCGACGAUAGUUGGUUUUCAUGA